AAAUCACUUCAAAGUUUACUCAUACAAAGAAAGAAUAAUUAAGAUCAUCAUGAAGCCCAAAUUCUCAUUAUCAUCUUUCAUGAUCACUCCUCUCUCUUCUCUCCUCCUCCUCUACAUCAUCUUCAACAUCUCUACCACAAUUGUUGUUGGUGAUCUUGUCCAAAAAACUUGCAAAAAAUGCGAAAACAACGAUCCGAACAUCAACUACAUCUUCUGCAUUUCAUCUUUCCGUGCUCACUCGGGAAGCGAUUCGGCCGAUCUUCGAAAACUCGGCGCCAUCUCAUUGAGUUUGAUUCAGAAAAAUUUAAGCAACUCAUUUGGGUAUGUAGAAAAGCUAUUACAAAACAAAGAAAUAGACUCUUAUAAAAGGGUUCGCUUAAAUGAUUGUUUAGAAGUCUAUUCGGAUGCCAUUGUUAGUGUGGAAGAAGGAAAGAAAGCAUACAUAGCAAAACAUUAUAAUGAUGCUAACAUCAAAGUGAGCUCAGUGAUGGAUGCUGCUAGGGUUUGUGAAGAUGGGUUUAAAGAAAAAGAAGGUGUCUCCUCUCCAUUGACAAGGUGGAAUAAGGACUUUUUUCAAUUGGCUGCCAUAGCUCUUUCAAUCAUCAAUAUGUAUCCAUAAAGACAAUAAAUUAUUCAAGGCAGCUGUCACAACGUUGUCUGGUAGCUCUCCAUGAUGGUUGGAUAUAUGAAGAAGAAAUAUCGUGGAAACAUUUCCAUUUAGUAUCUAAUAUAUUGGGCAUUGUAACGUCUUCAUUGAAUAAUUUUUCUAUUUUUUUUUUUAAAAAAAACUAUUCUACAAUAAUUUUCCUUUUUCUUUCUUUUCAUCUAUAAACUUGUUAAACAAUAGUUUUGUAUUAUACUUUGUAAAAGUCUACAUAGUUGUUAAUAAUGAUACUAUAUUUGCUAUUUUGUUUUA